AUGGGUGUCAAAGACAUGAUGGAAAUACUUCACCUGCUAGGGCUAAGUGAGGAGCCCUGGGCUGCUGGAUGCUAUGACUUUUGGCACGCACUUCGAGAUCCUUUGGCAAGCAAGCCCUUUGCAAUAACAAUUUUCAACCGGAAGCACAUUCCAAUCCGGGCUUCACGAAACAUUGCGAUGCUUGAAGCAGAGUUUGCUAGCCGAAAAAGCUCCCUGCGACGCUUCACACUUUUGAUGCGGGAACCUUUGUUAUUCUUGUCAAUUGGCCAAGACGCUUAUGUGAAGCAUGUCAGCCUCACUGGCGACACCCAAUUUACCUUAAAGACUCUUGCCCCAGUGAUUCAAGGUGUAGAGGAGAAGUUUGGUGUGGGACCUCUACUUUCUCAAGGAUCUGACAACUCAUUUGGUGAUUUGCAGCGGCUAAAAUCUCCAAGUCCUGAAGAGUGCGAGACACUGGCCAUUUCACUGCAUCAAAACUCUUCGGUGCCAGCAAGUGCCAUCGGGAAUCACCUUUACGAAGAGCCGUUGAGCAAGCCCAAGCCUGAAGAACCAGUGAAGACUCUGACAUCAUUGGUGCGAAUGUUUCAGCAAACCCUCCUGGGGCUUUGUCCCAUCACACUUGCUACUGCUGGAAGGCACAGAAACACGAUUUGCUGUCACGAGGUUCAAUCCAGCCCUGAAGAAGCUGUGUGGUGCCGCUACAGGAAAAUCAAACAUAUUGGAGCUGGGCAUUUCGGUGAAGUCUUUGAAGCCAAGGAGUUGUGCACCGGUCGACAAGUGGCCAUCAAGCAUUUAGAACGCUUGGAUCCGGAGGAAGAAGGUCAAGGUGAUGAGGUUAGCGUCUUACGUGCUUUGGCUCAUCCUAAUUUACUUCGCAUUUUCGAAGUGGUCAAGUUUCCUGGAGAAGUUCUGAUUGUCACUGAACUGGCAGAAAAGGGGACGCUUUCCACCUAUGCUGCUCGGGCCGCCGACGUUGCAAAUGUGGAGGGAGAUGAGAUGCCACAACCAGCUCCGUGGAUUGCAGGAGCUAUGCAGCAGAUUCUGAGUGCUGUAGCCUAUUGCCAUCGGCAAUUCGUUUUGCAUGGUGACUUAAAGCCGGAGAACGUGUUGAUUGGUGGAACACGUCCAGAUGGCUCACCGCUGUGCAUUGUAUGUGACUUUGGACAUGCAACCGUUUGCCUGGGAUCCGAACUGGUUGCCGCUCCUGGAGAUCCGAGAUACAUUGCUCCAGAAGUCAUUGCAAAGGAAAACCUUUGCACCAGAAGCGAUGCGUACAUGCUUGGAGUCACCGCCUUUGAGCUGCUCACAGGAGGUUGGUUGCCCUUUUUCAACCUUAAAUCUGCGUCUUUGUCUAUGUGCUAUCAGCAACUAAGUCGUGGAGAGGUUCAUGAGCGCAUCCUGUCCGACAAAGGCCUUGAUUGGCGAGAUUUGGAGCGCUUACGCUGCGCCUGCAAGCCUGAAGUGCAAGAAGUGGUGCUUCAAAUGAUGGCUCGCCAUGCUCAAGACAGGCCGGAGGCGGUUGAAGUGCUUCGCACGUCUUGGCUCCAGGAUGCUUUUUGGCCUUGUAAGAGUGCCUAUGAUGCUAUGCUGAAAGCAAAUGCCAACAAUGGGUGGGGUUUGUGGGUGCCACAACACCGUUUUUUUGCCAAACGUCUCGAGAAGAGAGCAGCUCUCAGCUGGACAUAUCGCAUGCUCUUGAGCCUUCUUGGCUCGGGAUUACAGUCCAAUCAGCUCCUGGGUGCCAGGCUGCUUUUCCGGCGCAUGGACGAGGGAGGCAAUGGGCACCUCAACAAGAAACAAUUCUGUAAAUGGGCCAUGGCCGCCGGUCUCAGCAAAGAGGUCUCUGAAGCUUUGUUUGCUGCAGGAGAUUUGCAUACACAGAGCUAUCUGGACUUCAAGAACAUGGUCAUGCUCUUCCUGGAUCUCGAUGCUCUUGGUCCUGAAGAGCUUUUGAGCGAGCUGCGGUUCCUUGUGACCAGAAUCCUGGGCCCUUCGAUGAAAGGAAUGAUAGAAUCAACCCAGCGAACAUCGUCCUCACCACCAGAGUCGCCAAGUGAAAUGUCAGAAGAAAAGCCAGGCAGCCCAGAUUCUUCGACCAGAUCGUGCUCUUCUACUGCAUCGGCCUUUAAGCUGAGUGACUUGCAAACAAUGUUGCACGCUCGCCCCGAUGCUCGAAUGGAGCGUUGGGUGAAAAACCUGAAGAGCGGCCUGGGUCCAGGUGAUCACAUUUUCACGGCAGAGCUUCUCCUCAGCAUUUUACAGAAUGACUGCUUCGACAAGACAUCAUUUUGA